AUGUUAUCCAAUAAAGGAGAAGAGUCGAGUGACCCGAAUGAGGAUCAAAAUGUCAGCCUCUCCAAAGAGCAAUAUGAACAGAUCAUGAGUCUACAACAAGAUUUCCAAGCUGGGAAUGAAGGAGAGAGUGCAAGUUCUAUCAACCCCAUCAAUGGAGUUGUGAACUUUGCAUUCCCACAGGAUCUAGCAGUGGAGAAUUCAGGCUUGGUUUGUAAACUUAACAAAUCUCUUUAUGGGCUGAAGCAUGCCAGUAGGCAGCGGUAUGCCAAACUGAAUAAGGCCCUAUGCUCAAGGGGCUAUGCAUACUCCAUAUAUGACUAUUCUCUAUUUUACAAGAAAAUUGAAACCUCAUUUGGGUAUGUAGCAGUAUAUGUGGAUGAUAUAGUGGUCACAAGGACUGACACCAUGGAAAUUGAAGAGUUGAAGGCAUUUCUAAAUAGUAGUUUCAAGAUAAAAGACUUGGGAAGGCUACACUACUUCCUAGGGUUAGAAGUUCUCAAUAAAGAUGAUGGUGUCAUAAUAUCUCAAAGGAAGUUUGCACUUGACUUGUUAAAGGAUUAUCAAUGCAUGGAUUAUAGCAGUCUUACAUAUCCACUAGAUCCAACAGUGAAGCUCAAAGCUAAAGAAGGAGAAGCAUUGAAAGAACCCAUUUACUAUAGAAACCUGGUUGGAAAGCUCAACUUCCUCACUAACACUAGGUUAGAUAUAGCCUACAAUAUGCAACACCUAAGCCAAUUCAUGGAUGAUCUCGGAGAAGCCCAUUUGAGAGCAGUUUUCCAUCUGCUCAGGUAUUUAAAAGGUGAUCCUACUUUGGGAUUAUUCAUAUCCCAUGACACAGACUGCACAAUUAAAGCCAACUGUGACUCUGAUUGGGCAGCAUGCCCAGAUUUCAGAAAAUCUGUCAAUGGCUAUCUAGUGUUGUUGGGCACCAGUCCUAUUAGCUGGAAGUCUAAGAAGUAA